ACGAAGUCGCGCUAGUUAGUUAGCUUUCUCUGAUGCUCUUCAUCUUCUUCCGUCAGGCUUUUCCGGCGACACAGCUUGAAAGAAAGAGCACUACUCAUCACCGGAACGACUGAGAUUCCCCUGAUUCUGGUAUUUUUGUACGCAGAUUCAUCCAAUUUUAAUAGAAAUGGCGUUAAGGCAGAAGUUAGGAUGGUCAGAGGGAGAUCUAAUGAGAUCAGAUGCUAAGCCAUGUUCAAGACUGAUGAGACAAACUGCUGCCAUUUUCACUGUUGGUGGAGCUAUUGGUUUCUGGGUUCUCUGCAGACUUCACUAUGGUCCUAGGAUCACAGUGCCAAGGAGUUUACGGUGGGCGGGGUGCGGUGCUGUGUCUGUGAGCACAUCUACUGCGAUGCUUGUCCGUCUCUUCAGCCCUGAAUGUGAACCACAAAACAUUGCUGCCUAUGAUCACAUCAAAACCCCUCAAGCUUCACUCCCUUAAACCAUCAGUUUCUGGCUUAAUAUAUAAUGUGUAUGGAUCUCAUCUUUUGUACAUUACGUUGCAAUAAUAGUGUGCAUUUUUCAAUGUCGACACUUAACAAUACCCAAUGUUCCUUUAUUUUAUUGUGUUUGAUGAUGACUGUAGCAUAAUUGGAUACUCUUCUCUUUCGAUGUAGUCUUCAACUUUAUAAAGCUUUUGUUGACAAGGGAA